ACUAAUCUUAGAAUUUCCAGGUUUAAUGGCGAGUCAGCGCACCCAACCACCCGCUAAAUAUUCAUUUUCAAGGACAUCUAGAAUGCGGUCGCUUGGUAUUGUAACACCCUUCGGUAGUGUUCGCUUUCAAGAAGACCCAGGAAACUGGAACUAGUUACAUACCCAGUAAUUAGACGAUAUCAGGCUCUUCUAUUACACAUUACGUCAUUUUCGUCCGAAUGUUAGAGCAAAGAGCCGCGCUAUCACAUUUCCAACCAUUGAGCUGUACGCCAAGCGCUCUUUAACCGGACGAGUAUCAUGAGUUUUCUCGAGUUUCUUUCCGCUUUCUUCGGGUGGAUAUAUACGUUAUCCUGGUCAUUGUCCUUCUAUUCUCAGCCUUUACUUAAUAUUCGAAGGAAGUCAACCUCCGGUACUACCGUAGACUUCCCCUUUAUCAACACCCUCGGAUUUCUCACCUAUCUUAUAUAUAAUACCGUAUUCUACUCAUCUCCGGUCAUACGGUAUCAGUACGCCCUCCGUAACCAUGACCACACGCCGACUGUCGCGAUCAACGACAUCGUCUUCGCCGCUCAUGCGUUCGUAAUCUGUACGAUCCUGACUAGUCAGUAUUUUGCGCCCUCAAUAUGGGGUUUUGACCAUGCCCCCGGAACUAGGCCGUCGCGCCUCGUCCUCGGUAUAAUGAGCGGGUCCAUCGUCGCCGUCGCCAUCAUCAUCUUCAUCGUCGCGUCCGUGCCUUCGGACGCAGACCCGAAAACCUCGUGGGCGUGGCUGGACGUCAUCUACACGCUCUCGUACGUCAAACUACUGAUCACGCUGGUCAAGUACGCCCCGCAGCUGGUGUACAACUUCCGACAGCGCAGCACCAAGGGCUGGAGCAUCUGGCAGAUUUUACUCGACUUCCUCGGCGGUAUCCUGAGCAUUGCGCAGAUCGUCAUCGACUCCUGGCUCCAGGGCGAUUGGUCGGGGCUCACGGGCAACCCGGUCAAGUUCGCGCUGGGCAAUGUGAGCAUGUUGUAUGAUUUAGUGUUCAUGACGCAGCAUUAUGUGCUUUACCGCGACGACGACGACUCGACUAAGGCUGGUGAGAGAGAUUCGCUGCUCGAGCGGGGCGAGGAUAGCCGGAGAUUAGAUUAAGCGUGUGGCGCUUUCCCCCUCCUUUCUCGUUGCAACUAGAUUGGAAUUUAUCUUUGGGGUUAUGAGUCUUGUGCGAGUGCGACACGAUUGAAACAGAAGACCGGUCACACAUGAUUCUUGAAGAAUCCACGAAGAACUAUGGAUGACGACUUCCAGAAAAUCGGAUUCGACAAUUGUAGACUGGGAUAUCCAUCGAAUUAUCUCCAUGUAGCUCCGAUUGGUGUUUGAAGAUUGUUGUGGAUUGUUCAUGCGAUAUUGGUGGAGAGGGGUUGAACAGUAAUACUGAUCAAGGCGUACAUAUUAUCAUGUACGUGAAGUUCUCAUGGAUCAAGUUGGAGUACGAGUGUUUUACCGGUUCAAAGCAGAUAGUCCUCAGUACUCAUAGACACUGAAUUUUCAUAACAAAAAAUUGAAGUUUCGGCAUUUAUGCUGACUUAAAUUUUGAGAAGACAUA